CAAAGGUUCAAGAAAAUUUAGUUUGUUUUUCUUUACUUCAAAUUCAAACAUGGCCGACGCAGAGCUUUUGUCCGAAGAAUACGCUGAAUAUCUAAUUCCAUCUACAAUUAUACAACUGAUUCUUGGAACCUUCGGCGUACUUGGAAAUGGUCUAGUCCUUUUGAUGUACACAAAAUACAUACAGGACAAUACAGGCUGCCGAUACUUUAUACCAAUUCUAGCUAUUGUAGAUCUUCUGGGAUCUUUUUCGAACGUAACUCAGUUUCAUUUUGAUAACACCAUGCGCUACAUCUAUCCUGGUGUAUUUUUGUGUAAAACAAUGACAUUCUUAAUUGUAUUAACCAAUGGAUUAUCAACUCACCUGAUCCUUGCCAUUGCAUUACAGAGGUAUCGGCUCAUCUGCCGUCCUUUCGGUAAACAAUUAACCCCAAAAGUGUGCAGAAUUGUAAUCUUUGUUAUAUUUUGGAUUUCUAUCGGAUAUGCAGCGCCAAUUUUCAAAUUCAAAACAAUAUCAUAUCACAUCAAAUCACUUAAUGUCACAGGUGACGUGUCUUUCUGUCAUAUCGACGACGGUACUAACAACUCGAGUGCUAUCAUCGCAUACCUUGGAAGUUUGCUACUGAUUUCCUUUAUCAAUAUUUUCAUCACAUCUGGUCUUUACAUACCAGUGAUUAAAACCGUUUAUAAAAGACUUCCCCAUGCUGAACGAUAUCGACCCAAUAAUAUACAAGAUAGCAGCAGUCAUGACGUAUCCACGGAAAUCGAAAUGGUUAGUGUUGGAAAAGUAACGAUAGAGCAAAAUUCACUUUCAACCGAUGAGGAAAAUCGGAACGCUUCUAAAAAAAGGAAGGGUCCGGAACACAAUUCUAGAAGCAAUAUCAGUGUCAUGUUUUUUGUGAUCAUUAUUGUCUACGUAGUCUCGUAUAUGACAUCACUAGUUACACACAUCUACGAUUUUGCAAGUACUGGGGAAAUUAAAGGGUACAAACGGAAUAUAUACGUUCUCAGUAUUCGUUUUCAACUGAUAAAUCACAUUGCAAAUCCAUAUAUUUACUGGUUUUAUGACUUCAAAUUCAGAGAGGAACUUAGAAGAGUUUUUUGCCGUAUCAAUUGAUAAAUAUGGCUUUUUAAUCUCAAAUAUAUUUGAUUAAUUUUUUAAUAGAAAUAAUAUAGUUCAUGUUUUUAUUCGCAUUUUCUGAAUACGAAUUCGAGAUCUGACAAUUUAUCUUCUAUGAUAUGAUCAACUAUGAUCAAUAUUACUUUAAAGAAAAAAUAAGGUACAGUUUGUUUCUCAUACUCGCACUGAACAAACUACUUAUACCACAAAUGUACAUGUAUGGACAUUAAUUUUGUAUUUGAAAUUUGUAUGAAAGAAGGAAAUUUUUUAAAUAUAAUUCCACGAAAAGAAUAAAUGAAAUUUUUUAAAUAUAAUUUCAUGAAAAGAAUAAAUUAUAAAUAAGUUCAAAUUGCAGCCCGGUGUGUAUAUUUUUUGUUGUUGCGUUUUAUCUAUGCUUUUGAUUGUAUAAUACAACCUCUACAA